AUGUCGCAGCAGUCGAUACGGCCCGCCACCAUCGCCGCCAUCAGCGUCGGCACUGUCGUCACUGGACUCCUCGCAUAUGCCAUCUGGUUCGAUCACCGGAGACGAAACGAUCCCGAUUUCCGCAAGCAAUUGAAGCGCGAGUCCAAGCGAACUGCUCGUGUUGCCAAAGAGGAAGCCGAGAGCGCAGGCAAGGAGCAGAAGAAGGCUAUCCGGGAGGCGGUAGAGAAGGCGAAUGAGGAGGGCUUCCCCAAGGACCCCGAGGAGGUCGAGGCAUAUUUCAUGCAGGAGGUCGCCCAAGGAGAGGGUCUCUGCCAGCAGGGUGCGGAUAACAUCGACGCGGCGCUGUGUUUCUACCGCGCAUUGAAGGUUUACCCCAACCCAAGAGAGUUGAUCAACAUCUACGACAAGACUGUUCCUAAGCCCGUUCUUGACAUCCUCGCCGAGAUGAUCGCAGUCGACACCAGCAUUCCCGUCGGCAGCAAAGAGGCCUCCGAUGCCGAUGCCGAUUCCUCCACCGGUGGCGGAAUUGACGAGUAGAACUCCCGACGACCUUAAAAGUUCGAUUAGUACACGACAAAAGCGUUCUAGGACUCCUCUCCCACUCCCGGAUUCGAUAUUGUAAUAUUCGUGUAAAUGUAGAAGUACGCCCAGGUUUAGUGGCCAGACCAGGUGGAGUUCAAGGUAUGACAUAAUGCAUGGAUGAAACUGGAAUCGGGUGGCACAUAGCAUUCCAAUGAAGAAGAUAUCUUCGAAAAUGGACAUUCGCAAAUAUCAAGAGUUCACGGCCUUGGUUCACGUCAUUAUCGUUCGAUGCAUCGUCAGGCACGUGCUUGAUGAAUGAAUGCUUGAAUAUACUACAAAUUACAUGAGUCCCAAGAGGUCGUGCGCUCUGCAACCUGUGAGACCCCAAUUCCCAGAAC